AUGACGGCCACGACGGACGAUGAGGACGAUGAUUCCGAUGAGGAUGAGGGGGACAUCAAUCAGGAUUCCCAUCUCUUACCCAACAUCACCCUGAGUUACAAUGUCUAUGAAAAUUAUUUCAAUGCAAAAAUGACUUCGGAUGCUUUGCUGGACCUUCUUUCAUAUGGAGAGGCCAAUGUUCCCAACUACAGCUGUGGAAGGCAGAGAAACACAGUGGCUGUUCUCGAAGGGGUUGAUACUGAUAUCUCCAUCCAGAUUUCAACAAUGUUGGGCAUGUACAAAAUUCCACAGACAUCCUUUAUGUGCUCCUACACCAAGGAUGUCUUUUCGGUGAAAGUCUGGAGACGGUGCAGAGAGAGAGAAGAGCUGCAGGCUCUGCCUCAGGAGGUAAUUAAUCGGGUCCUUUCUCUGGACAACUAUUUCAUUUACAACACCAUCUGGGCUGUGGCCCGAGUGUUACAUGCAGCCUAUUUAUCCAGAUCCAAGAGGACAAGGAUCAAUGGUGGGAAGAACUUGGAGACUCCAAGUCUGAAGGCUUGGCAGCCUCUGCCUCCUUCCAGGUGUGUGGAACGCUGUUGUCCCGGAUUCAGGAAGGUGGCUCAGGAAGGGAAGCCCAUCUGCUGCUACGACUGUCUUCCUUGUGCUGAAGGAAUGAUCUCCACCAUGGAAGAUGCAGAAAAAUGCACCAAAUGUCCAGGAGAUCAAUAUCCAAACAUCCAUCGAGAUCACUGUAUACACAAAAUUAGGACCUUCCUAUCAUAUGAAGAAAAUCUAGGGAUCAUCCUGGCUUCCCUUGCUUUGUUCAUCUCAUUAAUCACAGGCUUUGUCUUGGGAAUCUUCAUUAAAUUCCAAGACACUCCGAUUGUCAAAGCCAACAAUCGGGACCUCUCUUACAUCCUCCUUGUAUCACUUCUGCUUUCCUUCUUGACCUCAUUCCUCUUCAUUGGCCGCCCAAGGAGAACCACCUGCCUUCUGCGACAAACAGCUUUCAGCGUCAUUUUCUCAGUUGCUGUCUCUUCUGUGUUGGCCAAAACAAUCACGGUGGUGUUAGUGUUUUGGGCUACAAAACCAGGGAAUAAAGUCCAGAGAUGGCUAGGGAAGAGCUUGGCCAACUCCAUCAUCCUUUCUUGCUCUGGUCUACAAGUUGUCAUCUGCAGCAUCUGGUUGGGGACUUCUCCUCCAUUUCCUGAGUCUGACAUGAACUUGCAGUCUGGAGAGAUCAUCCUGCAAUGCAAUGAAGGCUCUGUUACCAUGUUUUAUGGUGCUCUUGCCUACAUGGGCUUCCUGGCUGCUGUUUGCUUCACAGUGGCUUUUCAGGCCAGAAAUCUACCUGGUGCCUUCAAUGAAGCCAAGCUGAUCACCUUCAGUAUGCUGGUCUUCUGCAGUGUCUGGUUGUCCUUUGUGCCCUCCUACCUGAGCACCAAAGGGAAGUACAUGGUGGCUGUGCAGAUCUUCUCCAUCUUGGUCUCCAGUGGUGGCCUUCUGGUCUUCAUCUUUUCCCCCAAAUGCUACAUUAUUUUCCUAAGA